UUUAAUUGAAUUUCAAUUUUUGAGUUGGUAUCAUGUUCCAUGAGUACAUUUGUUUCCAAUUUUAUAUUAAAUUUUAACAACGGCGCAUUAGAAGUGUAAAUAAAAGGGCACUUACUGGUGUUAUUAGAUGAUUUAUGACAGUGGUUUAUUGCAAAUGAUGGAUGCUUAGAUUGUCUUUGGAUCGUUUAUUGUGAAACACCCUAAAUCGUAUCUUAUCUUUGGAAACUCAAUGCAAAUUUUAUUACUUUAACCAAAUCCAUCGACAAAAACCGUCUACAACCGGCGUGCGUACGGUUGUUAGCAUUUGUAAUUCGACGAAUAACAAUUAAUCGAGUUGAAUUGCGAACAUUGUGAAAUCUAAUUCAAAAGUGACAAAUCGUAUGGUAAAGUAGUUCGAAAAAAUGUGCAAAAUCUCACCGGUUUCCAAACAGUUCUUAACAAUUUUUUGUUGCAAUUUGUUAACAUUUUCGUUUGGUAUGGCCACUGGAUGGGCCACAAUCAACUUCAAUGAACUUCAAAGUGAGAAUUGCACAUUUCCCACGGGACCGUUGAGCCUAGAAGAAGCAUCGCUAGUCGUCUCAUUACUCAAUAUCGGCGGAUUCUUCGGCAACUGGAUAACAUUACUCAUGAACAAUAUAUUUGGUAUUAAACGAACGAUUCACUUAUUCGGAGUGCCAUUAAUCUUGAGUGCAUUGCUUAUCAUUUGGGCGCAAAAUGUUUACUAUGUGUAUGUCUCUCGAGUGUUGAGCGGGCUAGUCGGCGGUGGGGUAUCAGUUGGCAUCGCCACACUGAUACAGGACAUAUCACACGACAGCAUGCGAGGUGCUUUGAACUCACUGUAUGACCCGAUGAACAAUUUAGGAAUCAUCAUUUCGUUUUUCCUUGGAAACAAUUUGAAUUGGUUAGAUCAAGUAACGGCACAAUUAAUAGCACCCAUAAUUUUUAUGAUUAUUAUGUUCCUCAUUCCCGAGUCACCCGAAUAUUUAACCAAUCGGAACAAAGAUAAGCGAGCGAUUAAAGCGCAUAAAUUCUACAAAGGAAGUGCUGCAGCGCUAGAGCAUGCUGAAUUUCUCCAGAAACUGAAGGAUGAAAAAGUUGAAAAAGGAAUGUCAGACAACGAUGAAAAUCAAACGGAAAUGGAAUUAAAUACUAAAAUAAGUCUACGAGAUUUUUGUACACCGCAUGCAAAAAGAGCAUACUUUAUCUCAUUCGUGGGACUCAUAUUGAGUUUCUUGACCGGUUCGAUGUUGAUUCUUGGCUAUGUAACCGAUAUUUUCACUAAAACCGGAUCUUCGUUAUCACCGAAAAACUCUUCACUUCUUGUGUCCGUUGUUCAAAUUAUUGCAAACUGUAUAUUCCUUUACAUCGUAGAGCGUGUUAAUCGAAGGACCCUUCAGAUUAGUUCAUCCAUACUGACGACCAUCAGUUUCUUCUUGUUUGCAAUCUAUUGCUCGUUUUGGAUUAAUCAACCGAAUUAUGAUUGGAUGCCAACAACCUUAUUUACGUGCAUCGUACUUUUCAGUUGGUUGGGAUUGAUUCCCAUUCCAUUCAUUAUUACCAUUGAAAUAUUCCCGAAAAAGAUUCGGCAUACAUGUCUAGCACUUGCCAUUUCAUUGUUCUGGAUUGUAUUUUUCAUACUUGGAAUGAUAUUCCCGAUCUUUUUAGAAACAUAUGGUCUGUUCAACUGUAUGCUAACAUUGGGCACUUUAUGUGUAGUAAAUCUUCUGUUUGGCAUAUUCUUCAUUCCAGAAACUCGAGGGAAAUCUUAUGAUGAAAUUAUGAAACUUAUGGUGUUGUAGGUCAACUAUAGAUUUGGAGUUCAUAAAACAAGACCCGAUUGUUUCUUUUCUUUAACACUUAAUUUAAUGAAUUUCU